GCCUAACUCCAUACCAAUAAUCCUCAUCCCCUUCCUGCCAGAUACCUCCGAUUACAGCACAAAUGCUCGUCUAUCGCUCUGCUUCAAUGCUCCAUUUCUACAAACUAUCGUCGCCGCCUAAAUUGCUCCUCCCGCGGUUGAAGCACUCCUAUUCAUACCUCUCUAGUUCCCCUCUAUCAUCCUUAUCUUCUCCAACUUAUUCGUUGAGAAUCCGCUUGUUUUGGCUCAAUCAGUCAUACAGAAGAGGUAAUAGGCGUUUUUCUACUGCUGCUGCAGCUGUUGUCUCUGAUAAGGGGGGAAACGACACGUUCUUCGCAGACGAAGGUGUUUCGUGGGCUUCUCUCGGUUUGUCUGAUCGCCUCUGUCGAGCCAUCUCUAAUGCUGGUCUCGAAAGACCGUCUCUAGUUCAGGCUGCCUCUAUACCAUCAAUACUUUCAGGAAAGGAUGUGGUAGUAGCAGCGGAGACUGGUAGUGGUAAAACGCAUGCAUACCUUGUUCCCUUAAUUGACAAGUUAUGUAAUCCACCGGAUCAUCUCAAAGAUUAUGAUUCUGAUCAAGGAUUGAUGCCUUCCCAUAGAAUUUCUCUAGUUCUUUGUCCAAAUGUGUUGUUGUGUGAACAAGUGGUUCGAAUGGCUUGUGGUCUUUGUGAUGAUAAUGGUGAACCACUUCUCAAAGUCACGGCUGUCUGUGGCCGACAGGGAUGGCCAGUUAAUCAACCAGACAUUAUUGUGUCAACGCCAGCUGCUCUUCUUAAUAAUAUUGACCCAAAAAAACAGCGAAAAUUGAAUUUUGUUCGUGGUGUGAAAUAUGUGGUGUUCGAUGAAGCAGACAUGCUUCUCUGUGGGAGCUUCCAGAAUCAGGUUAUCCGUCUCAUAAACAUGCUUCGUUUUGAUGAGAAGCAGUUGUCUCAAGUAAGUAAAUGUGAACUUGAAAAUACUGCAGAAUUAGGUUCUGAUUCUCCAGGAGAGUGUGGCUUGGAAGAUGGUGAACCCCAAAAUGAAUCUAUCUUAGCAGAGGAUGAAGACUUUGAAGGUGAUAAUGAAGUUGAGGACUUAAAAGAGGAAAGUGAAGCUGGGUCCAUCAACAGAAAAGACUGGAGGAGAGUGAGAAAAGAUUACAUACACAGUAAACAGUACAUUUUUGUUGCAGCCACCCUUCCAGUUAAUGGUAAAAAAACUGCUGGAGCAGUGUUGAAACGGAUGUUUCCAGAUGCCAAUUGGAUUAGUGGAAACUAUCUUCACUGUCACAACCCCAGAUUGGAACAGAAGUGGGUUGAAGUUGCCGUUGAUACCCAGGUGGAUGCACUUAUAGAUGCUGUGAACCAAGGAUCUAGAUCUGAUGUUGGUGUUAGUCGAACUAUGAUUUUUGCAAACACUGUUGAUGCUGUUGAAGCAGUAGCUAAAAUAUUGGAGAGAGCUGGGAUUAAAUGCUAUUGCUACCAUAAAGACAUUUCUUUGGAGGAACGUGCAAAGACAUUAGUUGAUUUCCUAGAAAAAGGGGGAGUUUUUGUGUGCACUGAUGCUGCUGCACGGGGAGUUGAUGUUCCAAAUGUGUCACAUGUUAUCCAGGCAGACUUUGCCACAUCUGCUGUAGAUUUCUUGCAUAGGGUUGGCCGCACAGCUCGAGCUGGUCAAUAUGGAGUUGUCACUAGCCUGUACACUGAAUCCAAUCGAGAUCUUGUUGAUGCAAUUCGUCAAGCGAAGAAACUGGGUCGGCCUGUGGAGUCGGCGUUUAGCAGAAAAAGGAGCUUCCGAAACAAACUUAAGAAGAAAGGUUCCAGUAAAGUCAGAAAUGCAUCCGUUAAUGAAAUGGCAAGGGUCUAAGGAACUUGGUCCCCAUCACUUCUGGUGCAAAAACAUUGCCUCUGAUCGGUGUAUUAUUGCCUUCCUUUUUUGAAAAACAUUCCAUGUGACCAGUCCAAUUGUUGUCAGUUCCUAUCUUCCUGCUUUACAGUUAUUGAAUCACAGGCCCAAUGCCAUCUUUAAAUCGGACCAUUCACUGUGUGGUGGCUAGCACAGUAAUUACGUUACCGAAUAUGUGAAAAGUUUUGAACAGCCAUAUGGAAGGAAUAAUUCUCCCAUUUGGGAUGAUGAUGAUGAUGAUUGGCAUAGGUAAAUGAUUCUAUAGUGGAAAUUUGUAAUGGAAAUUUGUAAUGGAGGGGCAUUUAGAAUUUACUUUUCAGUUUUAGUUGCUUGAAUUUGGCGAGCUAUUUGUAGUUUUCUUCUUCUCUUUUAUCUUCGCGCACUAAAGUAAUGAAUGGAGUUGGUUGAGGAAUUUUAUCCA